CGAAAGAGUAUGGCGCAACAAACGCGGCGAUUGGCGGCAGGCCGGUCGCAAAUAAAUAAAGCCCGAUUCCCGACCGACUCCAACAGUGCCCAGCAUGUCGCCAUACCGCCCGGAGUUCUCCCCGUCGGAGCAGUCGACCAUCGACGCGGAAUUCUCUAGAUUGGCCAGGAACAAGAGUGUUUACCUGGACCAUGCGGGCACCACCCUCUACGCCGAGAACCAGGUGAAGGCCGCCGCGGAGCAGCUGCAGCGCACUGUCAUCUGCAAUCCGCACACCUGCCGCACCGCCGGCGACUUCGUGGACCAGGUGCGAUUCAAGGUGCUGGAAUUCUUCAACACCACCGCCGAGGACUACCAUGUGAUCUUCACGGCGAAUGCCACCGCCGCCCUGUCCCUGGUGGCGGAAAACUUUGACUUCGGGGCUUCGGGAGACUUCCACUUCUGCCAGGAGAACCACACCUCGGUGCUGGGGAUGCGCGAGAGGGUCCAGGCAAAGGGUAUUUACAUGCUGAAGGAGGACGAAAUCUCUGGCGGCUUGGCCAAGCGGAACGGCAAAAUGGCUCAGGAGGGCUGCAGGAAAACGGGAAACUCCCUGGUGACCUUCUCCGCCCAGUGCAAUUUUAGUGGCUACAAAAUCCCCCUAGAUGCGAUAGGGAAAAUCCAAAACAAUGGACUGUCCCAGGCGGGCAAACAAACCUGGGGUUCUGUGGCCGAGAGCAAGGAGAGUACCCACAACGACUACUAUAUCUGCCUAGAUGCAGCCUCUCUGGUGGCCACCAGUCCCUUGGAUCUGCAGAAGCACCGUCCCGACUAUGUGUGCCUCAGUUUCUACAAGGUCUUCGGCUAUCCAACGGGCGUGGGAGCCCUGCUGGUGAGUCGACGAGGAGCCGAGGCCUUCGGAAAGCGUCGCUUCUUCGGCGGCGGCACCGUCAACUACGCAUAUCCCCAUUCCACCGACUACCAGCUUAGGGAGUCCUUUCACCAGCGCUACGAGGAUGGCACCCUGCCCUUCCUCGCCAUUGUCGGACUGCUCGAGGGCUUUCGCACCCUAGAGAGACUGGUGCCCAAAACAGCGGAGCACGGCACCAUGGAGAGGAUUUCCAGGCACGUCUUCGGCCUGGCCCAGUACCUGGAGGACCAGCUGAAGCAACUCAAGCAUCCCAACGGCGAGCCCCUCAUCCGGCUGUACAACAAGGCGGGCUACCAGGAAAAAUCCCGCCAGGGCGGCAUUGUGGCCUUCAAUGUGCUCACGGAGUCGGGAUCCUAUGUGGGAUUCGGUGAGAUGGCCUGCGUGGCCGCGCUGCACGGCAUCCUCCUGCGCACCGGCUGCUUCUGCAACAUCGGAGCCUGUCAGUACUACCUUGGUCUGGAUGAAGACGCCAUGGAUGCGAUCUACAAGCGAGCGGGUCGCAUUUGCGGUGACUACUUUGACCUCAUCGACGGCCGGCCGACGGGAGCGGUGCGGGUGUCCUUCGGCUACAUGACAACCAUCCAGGACGUGGAGGAGCUGCUGAAGAUGCUGCGCUCCAGCUACUUGGCCACCAGGCCGCAGCAGCGCAUCCGGUUUAUCGAGGAGCAGGCGGAGCAGCUGCCGCCGCUGCUGAAGGAGCGAGUCCAGCUGCUGAGACCGAAACUCCUCCAAAUGGCCAUAUACCCGGUGAAGUCCUGCGCCGCCUUCAAGAUCGAGUCGCCGGGCUCGUGGCCACUGACGGAUCAGGGUCUAAAGUAUGACCGGGAAUGGAUGAUUGUGGACAUGAACGGCAUGGCGUUGACCCAGAAACGCUGCACCGAACUGUGCCUGAUAAGGCCAGUGAUCAAGGCGGACCAGUUGGAGCUGCAGUUCGGAGCCGACUCCGCUGUCUCAGUGCCCCUUUCCCUGGAGGACCAGGCAUCCGACUCAGCGAAGUGCGUCAGCAAGGUGUGCCGACAGCCCGUGGAGGGACUGGAUUGCGGCGACGAGGUUGCCCGGUGGCUAAGUCAAAGCCUGGGGCUGGAGGGCCUGCGGUUGCUCCGGCAAUCUGGCCAGAGGAACUCCUCCAAGGAUCAGCAGAAGCUGAGUCUGGUCAACCAGGCCCAGUUCUUGCUGCUGAACAAAUCUUCGGUGCGUUCUCUGCAGUUCGAGGAAUCCCUCGAAGAGACGGUGGAUCGCUUUCGGGCCAAUAUCAUCAUCGACACGGGCUGCGCCUUCGAGGAGCUGGCCUACAAGGCCCUGACCAUUGGGGGCCUCCGGUUCCAGGUGGAGGGUCCCUGCCAGCGCUGUGAUAUGAUUUGCAUUAAUCAAAGGACCGGCGAACGGUCGCCGGAAACCCUGACCACCAUAUCCCGCCUGCAGCAAGGUCGCAUGCGCUUUGGCAUCUAUAUCACUAGGAUCCCCAACGACCAACCAGAUUCGGAGGUCAAGGAGCAGCAGAUGACCUGCGGCGAUACUGUUCUGGUGGAGUAGUUUUUUCCCUACAUACAGCCUCCUAUAAUUACUUAAUUUUUAUUUGGUUAGUUUAAAAAGUAUUUAGUUUCUUUUCACAAUUACAUAUAUUCAAAUAUGCAGUUGAUUUCUUUAUAUAUUUAGUCCUCAUAAUAUUUGCUUACUCUACCCUCCCACUUGAUAAUAUUCCAUGCCUUUGCAUUUGGUUUAUUUCUGAAAAUUCUUACACACGCAUUCACGCAUAGUUUAAGCUCGAAGUAACCGGAUACCUCUUGCCAGUGUCUUAAGCCUUUGAAAGGCCUCAAUAGCAGAAUAAACAUAAUCAAAUCAA